AUGCAGGGCUGGGAAGCGAUUCUGCAGUCGGGAGUACCCGAGCUGCGCACGAUGUACACGACCCUGACAUCAUCCGUAUCGACUCCUGCGACUCCAACACACCACGACCUAAACGACAGCGACUAUUCGCAACUGUCUCCGUCCAGCGUGGUGGACCUCGACCCCUCAACACACUGUCGUGAUAGUCUGUUUCCGCCACACCUUCAGAGAGAAACACCGAAGCCCCCAGCGCCUGCCGAUAGAUUACCCCCCACAUCCUUCCAAGAAACUCACAUGAACACCUCGUUAGUCGAAAACUGGAUUCACUCCGCGCAUAUCUCCCCUCCUUCAUUCCCCACCAGCCUCACCUCAGACCAAGAACAUCCGCAACCCGCCAACGAACCCACCCACCCCCCUUCAACAACAGAAGACUACGAGACCCUCCUGAUCGAACGAAACGCCAUCCUCUCGCUGAAAGAGUUCCUCCAUACAUGCCGCCCAGAGGACGCUACAGACCAGAUCAUCCUCGACGCCUUUGUGCUGGCAUGGCCCCCGGAUACAAGUUCAGGUACCCCCUUACCCACGUCGCACCUACAAUGGCCGAUGCCACUACAGCGCGUUGAAGUGAUGGAGGCACACAUCCACGGACUAAGAUACCUAGUCGAGGCACGAGGAGGACUGGAUAAGCUGGAGAUGCUCGGGCUGGCGGAGGGGUUAUCAACGUAUGCCACUUCCCAGGGGAACCUUUCCGCAACGGCUACUAACAGCGGCGCUAGGUUCGAUCUGGUGACUGCGAGCAGGAAUCUCGCGAAGCCGCACUGGCCAGUCAAGACCUCGUUGGACCCGAACGAAAUCACGCGCUUCCUGGACCGCUUCUCCCCUGUGCUAGACACAGGGAGUGAUCAUCUCUUCGCGGCAGUGCAGGCUUCAUUCAACCCCGCUGCUGCGUUGGUUUUCGAUACAUUGCGCCGAUACAUUGUUCUGCUGCAAGAGUAUGCGCAGGGCCACCUCAAAGGGUUAGAUAUGGCGUAUCUCCUCGGCUCGCGGAACAUCAUCCACCACCGCGCUCUGUCGCUUCCUGCAACCCACGACCCGCCCCGCCGACGGGUCAACGAGCCGUUCAGACUAGCAGUGACAGCAUUCAGUCUGCUCGUUGUGUUCCCUACGCCGUUGAUGGCGCGGCCCUAUCCCCGAUUAGCGGAGUCACUACGGGGCGAGCUGGGUUCGGUCGAAGAGUGCUAUCAAGACUGGAUUGGCAUGCCGGAGGUGCUGGUUUGGGUCCUGGUGUUGGGCGGUAUGGCCGCCACGGGCACGCCGCAGCGGGCGUGGUAUGCGGGCAAGCUGCGUUGGCUGGUCGCCAUGCUCGGCAUUGUGUCGUGGGAACAAAUGAGACGAAUUCUAAAGUCGGUGGUGUGGAUGGAGAAUCUGUGCGUCGACGAAGGGGUGGCCUUGUGGCAGGAAAUCCAGGCGUGUUAG